UCUGAUACACCCUCCACCCUCCACCCCACGGAAGAAAGGAGAAGACUUUGGAAAUUGCUUUUAAAAUAUCAGAUGACAUCGGCAUAACUGAAGAUAGAUUCUCAUUAUUUAUCAUCUUUUAAAGACCAAAAUGGAAAUAUUGUACAGAACAGAUAUAUAAGAAUGUUUCUAUAAAUCUAUGGUGGAAUUCCUCUGAUAUAUUUACUCUGAAAUGUGUUAUUAGCAAACCUUCUGGACAUCACUGGCUGGAGUGUCCACGAGAUGAGUCUCUUCACAAAUUAAACUUGGAUAAAUUUAUUAAAGAAUUUUGGGACAAAGGUAACUCUGGACAGAAAUACAGCUGUCGAAAUACUUGCAAACAAAAACUAUAGAUUCAAAAAGGUGUAAAAAGAUUAUAUACUGUGUUUUUUUAAGUAAAAUAAUGGAAAAGAGUGAGAAACUAAAGGAACUGAUUUUUCCAGUAAAUAGAGGAAAAGGGAGACAAAAAUUGUCACAUGAGUGUGAUGUCUGCAAAAAGUCUUUCUCUCGAAAAGGUCACUUAAGUGUGCACGAACGUAUUCAUACAGGGGAGAAGCCAUUUCACUGUGUCAUCUGUGGUAAAUCAUUCCCUCAAAGUAAUAACUUGACUACACACCAACGUAUUCAUACAGGGGAGAAGCCAUUUCACUGUGACAUAUGUGGUAAAUCAUUCCCUCAACAUAAUAACUUGACUACACACAAACGUAUUCAUACAGGGGAGAAGCCAUUUCACUGUGACAUCUGUGGUAAAUCAUUCCCUCAACGUAAUAACUUGACUACACACCAAUGUAUUCAUGCAGGGGAGAAGCCAUUUCACUGUGACAUCUGUGGUAAAUCAUUCUCACAAAAAAGUAACUUGACUAGACACAAACGUAUUCAUACAGGGAAGAAGCCAUUUCACUGUGACAUCUGUGGUAAAUCAUUCCCUCAACGCAAUAACUUGACUACACACCAAUGUAUUCAUGCAGGGGAGAAGCCAUUUCACUGUGACAUCUGUGGUAAAUCAUUCCCUCAACGUAAUAACUUGACUAGACACCAACGUAUUCAUAUAGGGGAGAAGCCAUUUCACUGUGACAUUUGUGGUAAAUCAUUCUCUAAAAAAAUUAACUUGACUACACACGAACUUAUUCAUACAGGAGAGAAGCCAUAUCACUGUGAUGUCUGUUUUGCAUCAUUCCUUGGCCGAAGUGCUUUUAAUUCGCACAUGCGUUUUCAUACGGGGGAGAAACCAUUUCACUGUGACAUCUGUGGUAAAUCGUUCCUUCAAAAAGGUAGUUUGACUACACACAUGAACUUAUUCAUACUAGAGAGAAGCCUUAUCCCUGUGAUGUCUGUGGUACAUCAUUCUCUGACCGAAGUGCUUUAAAUUCUCACAUACUUGUUCAUAUAGGAUAGAAACCAUAUCAUUUGUAGUAAAUCCUUCUCUCAAAGUAGUGCUUAACUUCUCACAAACAUUUUCAUUCAGGAGAGACACCAUAUUCCUGUAACAUAU